GCCUCAUCUCCGGUCUCUCGAUUCCUGAUUUCAUCUAAAACCGAUCGGUUUGGUGCUUUUGCCAUGGCUGGAGUUAUGCACAAGUUCCUUAUUGCGUCAAUGUUCAUGUGGAUUCUUCCUGUUGCCAUAUUAUAUGGAUUCAACCACAAUUUGCUUCCUGGUUCAACGACAUUGUCUCCUCAUUCUCUAACUCUACUGAGCGGAUUUCUUGCUGUGGUAUCAGUGAACAUAGUGAUUGUGUUCUACAUAUGUAUGGCUCUGAAAGAACCUGCAGAUAAACACAAACCAGACGCUGCAUUUCUCGCUGAGGCUAAAGAUAGUGUGAGCAAGUUGACAAAAGGAACCACAAGCAGUGAUAAUCAUGCACUCAAGAAACAAGAGUGAGAACUUUCUUAAUCCAUUUUUGAAACGAAGAACAGCAUCUGGGUUCAAUCGAAUGGAGCAGACCUCUGGGUUAUCGAAAUGGAUGUUGUUACAGGAUUCUGUGACAUUUGAGGUUUAGGGUUGGUUAAACUAAGUAGCUGAAACACCUUUUGUGUAUGAUGAACAGAGACAAAUAUCCUAAUGUUAUAACACAAAGCUAUGAACAUAGUAUCCGGAAGGAUUAGACAUUUGCCAGUUUUUUCUUCCCUCAAUAUGUAAUCGGUGUAAUGAAUUAAUCCACAAAUG